UUCUUCCUUCAUUCAUUCAACCCCCUCACUCUCUCUCUCUCUCUCUCUCUCUCUCUCUCUCUCUCUCAUCCUUCAAGGCUUUGCAGAGAUGGGGAAUUGCCAGGCCAUAGACGCGGCGGCGCUGGUGAUACAGCACCCGGAUGGGAGGCUGGAGAGGAUGUACUGGCCCGUGACGGUGAGCGAGGUCAUGAGGACCAACCCUGGACAUUACGUCUCUCUCAUCAUCCCCUUGCCCGUCCCCGACGACAAGAAGGAGGAGGGCGACCAGCAAGACCCGCCCAAGGCGGUGCGCUUCACCCGCGUGAAGCUUCUCCGCCCGACUGAGACCCUUGCCCUCGGCCACGCCUAUCGCCUCAUCACCUCUCAAGAGGUGAUGAAGGUACUGAAAGCGAAGAAGUACGGCAAGAUGAAGCAGAGGCAACAGCAAUCAGGAGCAGCUGAGAAAGCAAGCGCUGCAGUGGCAGAAGUGGAGGGCUCUGACAUGGAGGCCAUCAACAACGAGAAGGUUUCGAAACAUGGAAAGCAAAGGCCGAGAAUGGUGGCGGCGGGCGUUGCGGUGGGGAGAUCGAAAUCCUGGAGGCCCAACUUGCAGAGCAUAGACGAAUGCGGAAGCCGAUGAGCUCUCGAUGGUUGCUUCAUCGAUUCUAGUUCAGUUUCAUCCAGAGGAAGCAGAAAAAAGAGCCUGUAAUUGCCAAAAUGGAGCCGAGGACUUCUGAGUUGACCUCUUUCGAAGCCAGGUCAAAGGAGAAACAUGGGAUGGAGGAUCUUAAUGUUGGGCGAAGGAAAAAGAAGGCGAAUGAUCUCUCGGGACCAGCCAACCAUUUCUUUCCGGCUCCAGAGCUUCCCAUUUCUCUCAGGACCACCACGAUUUUCUUGUCACCAUGAGAACUUGAACUUGUAAAUUUUAGGACCAUAGCGAAUGAAACAAUAGAGAAAUCAUAUGCCAAAUUGUAGCCGAAGGAAAAGUUGAGUCUUCCUUGCUUUGUUGAAAUAAAGAAGUUGAACAUAAUGUCCAGAGCAAAAAGGCCUGAAAACAAAAGGUCAUUCUGGACCCAAAAAGACAGCACAGAAAGUGAGGACGGAUGUGAUGCAAGAUUUCAGCGGAAACAGUGGACGGAAUGAAUUGUCGCUCAGAUAUUUUGUAUGGACGAAAGUACUCUAUUGAACUGUUCUUCAGUCAG